AUGGUAGACAAGAGUAACAGAAAAGACAAAAAUUUCAAAGAUCAAACACAAAACUUCCUCAAACAAUAUAUCAACUAUUUUGUUAGAAACGGAGCUUUAGAUUUUUUAACAAAUAGAAAGAAUUAUUACACUUUAGAUAUUAGAUCAAGUUGUAAUGUUGUUGCAGAUCAAAUUCUGGUGGAUUGGCGUAUUUAUUAUUUCCAUCUUAGCAAUAAAGAUUUUAUGGCGAGUCUUUACAUAGAGUUUGAUUGCUUUGCAUUGGUUGAAAGUUAUGAUCGAUCAUCUUUAAUUACUGUUGGAGGUGUAUGA